GCAGGCGCGUCGUGCGUUGGGACCGCCCGGCCUGGCGGGGAGGUCGCCGGCGCGACAGGCACCUCUCUGCCCUCCCAAGGCCAGCAGGCCCGCAGCCGUCCUGCUCCACACUCGGGCCCGGCCCCACGGCCCCGGAGUCGUCCGGCUGCGGCUGGAAGAGAGCCCGCCCGCGUCUGCGGAACGCGCGAAUGUUGGCGCCCACUGUCUCCCGGACGCAGCGCCGCGCGAGCCCUCCGCCCCCUGCGCCGCGAGUUCCACAGCGAGUCCGCGCGGGCGGUGCCGGGGCGGCGGAGGACGGCUUCAGGCCCAAAGGGGAUUGGGCGGCGGCUCUAGCUGGCGGGUCUUGGUUUGCGGAAGGGGCUGGAGUCGCUGCUUCUCGGUGACCGGCGCGUGGCCCGGCCAAUCCUGCCGCCGCCACCCACCCGCAACCGCGUCCGUUGACGGGCGGGUCCUUGGUCUCCGGGUCCUUGCGGGGCACCAGAGAGCGGAGUGGCGUCCGCUCCCUCGAGUCCUCGGUGCCGGGGAAUUCACCGCUCACCACCCCCUGCCCCACCUUGGGUCCUGCUCGGGGACCAAACCACUGGAAGGCAGUGGCGGGAAAGGGGCGCCUGUGCCAGAGGUCCUGAUGAGGGGGGUCCAAGGCUUGGGGACUUGUGCGGGAAAUGUGGGUUUAAGUGCCUUCAAGGUUUUAGUCCAUUGGGAUGUUGAUCAGCGUUCAUAGCUGGCGCUGAUGCAGGUCACCGGGAAGGGAAUGUGUGAGUUUAUGGCCACGCAUAAUCUCUUUUAGUCGUGUUUAACUUAGCAGGGUAGCGCUCCAUCCUGGCUGGGUUUUGUUUUUUGUUUUUCUUUUUUCUUUUACAGGGUUUUUCUCAGUGUGUAACGUUUGUUUUUAAAUCCCAGAUAAUCCUGAUGUAAACCAUUGACAUAGCUAGAAAAUCACGAGGCUGUGAUUUUCCAAACUCAGCUUCAUAACCUAUUCUGUGUGAGCUGUGAUUUUUCUGUGAUUCUGUUUUCCUCUUUGGCUAUUGGUGGGCCCUGAAUGAUGGACCACCGUUUUCACCCUGUAUCUUUUCAAAGUACACUUGGUGAUCUUAGAAAUGUCUGCAGUGUCUUAAGGACAUUUGUAUUCACAUGCCUUUUAAAAGCUAGUCCGAGUCAAUGGCUUCAACUGCACUUUCCCUUUCAGAGUUGAGGGAACAUGAGCCAUUUGCAGAGCUUAUUGUUAGACACCCUCUUGGGAACCAAGCAUGUGGACAGUGCAGCCCUCAUCAAAAUCCAGGAGCGGAGCUUGUGUGUAGCAUCACCAGGUUUCAAUGUAAUGCCCAGUGAUGUCCAAACACUGGUGAAUGGAUUUGCCAAGAACCCUUUGCAAGCCCGAAGAGGAGGAUUGUAUUUCAAGGGAAAAGAUUACAGAUGUGUCCGGGCAGAUGAAUAUUCUCUUUAUGCCAAAAAUGAGAACACUGGUGUAGUUGUCGUGAAGACCCAUCUGUAUCUUCUGGUGGCAACUUACACUGAGGGCAUGUAUCCUAGUGUCUGUGUGGAAGCCACAGAGAGCCUGGGAGACUACCUAAGAAAAAAAGGAAGUUAAGUCAUCAGAGGCCCAUGAAAGACACUUUUACUAUUUUAGAAGAAAAUUGAAGAGCCUAAAGAAAAAAUAUUUUAUGGUUGAAAAAACACUAGAUAGAAGGCACUAAAAAAGAAGAAUGAAAUAAGGGAGCAAUUUUUAUUACUUCAAGAGAUCCUCUUCUUUCACUGGAAUUACUUGAUCAACUGUUUUUUAGUAAGUGUUGGUCAUUGGCAUGGAAUGAGAGAGCACUGAUCAUUUCACAGAGCAUAUCUGUUGGGAGGCUCCUUUCUGUGAGGCUCCUGUAGUCCUACACACCUUGCUAAGUAUGCCAAGAAUGCAGGCUGUCACCACUCUUUAUCCAAGACAUUUCUCAGGGUUAGGUUGCAGCAAGCAACCUUGAAAAAUGAAGGGAUGUCUCCCAUCAGGACAGACGGCAAGCUUGCUUACUGUUUGCUAUAAAAGCAGUGGAGUCCCUGAGCUCAGUGUUACCCCUCCUGUAAUACAGCUCCCUGCAUGUGUGACAUCCAUCUGGCUCACAUCACCCCUGUGAGACUUGGGAGAAAGGAUUGCAAAGGCCAUUCAACAAUGGACUACUAGUCAAGGUAUUCAAUGGACAUUUCACACUCCCAUUUGCAGGUAUCUGGUAUCAUUUUGAACAUUGGGAAGGCCUUCUCAAAAAUCAACUCAAAAAGAUUUCUGACUCUAACCCUAACUCUCACUGCACACCUUAGUAAGGCAGUAUGGUCACUAAAUGCACCCUUCCCCAGAAAGAGUUCAUCUCCUCUUGGUCUCCUAGGUGAUAAUCCGGACCAUAAGGGUGGAGAGCUAUAGAACCUAUUUUGAAAAUUCAAGAUUCUACUAUUCU